AUGGUGAACAACCCCAGAGUCUACUUCGACAUGGCCGUGGGCAACGCCUCGGCGGGCCGGAUCGUGAUGGAGCUGUUCGCCGACACGACGCCGAGGACGGCGGAGAACUUCCGGGCGCUGUGCACCGGCGAGAAGGGGGUGGGCAGGUCCAGGAAGCCGCUCCACUUCAAGGGCUCGAAAUUCCACCGCGUCAUCCCCGGGUUCAUGUGCCAGGGCGGCGACUUCACCGCCGGGAACGGGACCGGCGGGGAGUCCAUCUACGGGGAGAAGUUCGCCGACGAGAACUUCGUGAAGAAGCACACGGGGCCCGGGAUCCUGUCGAUGGCCAACGCCGGGCCGGGGACCAACGGGUCGCAGUUCUUCAUAUGUACGGACAAGACGGAGUGGCUGGACGGGAAGCACGUGGUGUUCGGCAGGGUCGUGGAAGGGAUGGACGUGGUCAAGGCGAUCGAGCGGGUCGGGUCGCAGUCGGGCCGGACCGCCAAGCCCGUUGUCAUCGCGGACUGUGGUCAACUCUCUUGA